AUAGGGUAUGUGUGCCUUGCCUAAAUUGAUAUAUGGUGGAGAACUUGUACUCUUGAAAGAGACAUCAUAAUAUCAAAACCUACAAGUGUAGCGUAGGGUAUGUUAACAUCGUUUGAGCACAGUUAGAUUCCCCUUCAAUUUGUAUGCCUUAAUUGUACCACAAUUAAAUUAAAUGACAAAUCAUUUGUAGAUGGAAAAACGGAUCAUUUGUUCCAUUUCCAAACUGAAUUAAAUAUACUCAUACACUGCACAUUCAUGAUCAAGUGGAAUGCUGCAAAAAAAUGAAGAGAAGCUUAAAAACCCCAAAUUUCUAUACGUAUGUAUGUGCAGAUGUAAACAGAAUGCAUUAAGGGCUCAUACACUGCACAUUCAUGAUCAAGUGCUAUGCUGCAAAAAAAAUUAAGAGAAGCUUAAAAACCCCAAAUUUUCUAUACGUAUUUAUGUGCAGAUGUAAGCAGAAUGCAUUUAGGGCUCCUUAUUAGCCAUAUACCACGAAGGGGUUUCAAAGAAAACCAGGGUAGCUGCCAAAGAAGCAAAACCUAAAUGACACCAAAAGGCCAGAGAAGCGGCGAUGCUUGUAGACACAGAAGCAGCAGGGACCUUGACGGGUAAGAAAAUGGCGGAGCCCUCUUCAGACAGAACAAUUGCCAUAGAAGCGUAUGUGUGGGAGCUACCUGGCGCAACAGCGUUGCGACGGCGGCCGCCCUGAGACAGAAAAGCACGCAUGGUCUUCUGGCCCUUGUCAAAAUGCCUCUUUGUGGCGCUAGUGAAGGAAUUUAACUCUAUUCUGGCUGAGGAUUACCAAUCUAGAGUGGCAAUUGGAUUUAUUGUUAUAGAAGGAAUGGGUUGCAUAACAUCUAAGAAAGUUUUGAGAACAAAAAGCUUCCAGAAUUUUCAUCAAUCAUUUACUCCAGAAGCAGCAAUGCCUAAAGUAGAAGAGCGCCUUCCUGCACAGAACCAUGAGCAGUUUGUGGCUAUGACAUGCAAUAACUAUCUUAGCAUGCAAGCUUCUGUUGCAGCAACACAGGAGACUUUGCAGUCUUCCAUCAGCAAAGAUAAUGAUGGUCAAUCUUAUUGCCAGUCAGAAGAAUGCAAGCCCAUGGAGGACGAGUCAGAAGAAAGCAAACCCAUGGAGGACGAGUCAGAAGAAUGCACAGUUACAGAGGAGGACAGGCCAGAGAUUAUCAAUACAUGGGAGCUCAUGGAAGGUCUGGAAGAUAGAGACAUUGAUCAUACUUCUGAGAAACCAUUUGACAAUGGUGAGCAGGAAAGAGCUUUAAGGACAACCGAAAGUUUGAAAUUUAUGGAAUUGAAGGAAUAUGACACAAUUAUUGCGAGAAGAAAGGCUUCUCCGUGGAAUAGGAAAUCCAAAAUGUGCCUCUAUCAUUUGGGUCACAUGAUGCCCUUAGAAAUAGACAUCAGUAGUCGGGAAAACAAUCACCUUGUUGAGGCAAAUGAAGGAAAGCUAUAUUCAGCAGAGAUAAAUUUAGAAAAACAUCAAUCUACAAAGCAGAAUUCAAGGAAGAGAAAUUCGCAUGAAAGAGUUAAGUUUAGUGAUCUUGGUCCCAUCAGUAUCCUAUCUAAUGAUUUGGGUCACAUGCUCUCAGAAAUAGACAUCAGGAAUCAGGAAAACAAUCACCUUGUUGAGGCAAAUGAAGGAAAGCUAUAUUUAGCAGAGAUAAAUUUAGAAAAACAUCAAUCUACAAAGCAGAAAUCAAGGAAGAGAAAUUCGCAUGAAAGAGUUAAGUUUAAUGAUCUUGGUUCCAUCAGUAUCCCAUCUACUCUCAAUUUUUCUUCAGUCGGAAGCGUGAAAGACUGGCCGAACAGUGGAGAACAUCUCUAUCCUGCAGGAGUAAGUACUACUAGUUCUGGCAGUUACAUCCGUGGAGAUCAAAGCUCAACUCCACGCACCGUUGGAAGCUCUGAGCAGUUUUGGAUUGAUAAAGCUGAAAUCGAGAUACAUUCUUCCCCUGCCCAUGAAAUGAACAGAAAAGCAAUGACCAUCAUAGACUCAGGUGUUUCUUCUUAUUCCACCGUUUGUUGUAACUGUAGUCUUUCUGCCAUCGUGAGGGAAAAUUGGGAGGAUUCUCUAUUUGACCCAGAACUCAUAGCCUCGUUUGAGAAGGAGCUUAAGCAGGUAUCCGAUGAGCAAGAAUUAUUAUGCAUCUCGAUUGCCGUCUGAGCUGUUUACAUUAUUUUAGGCUUUUUGUACGAGAGCUUGCUCAACUUUAAAAAAAGCCUAAUUAAAAAAUGUAAAAUAGAAUUCAGGACCUGUUCUGAUUGCAAGUAUAUUGAUUA